ACGCUACACAACUACCGAGAGAGUUUGUUGGGUUGUUACUCCUCACCAACAACAGUUCGGAAACGAUCGUUGGUGUGUUAGUGUCCUGUCCUCUCCUGCUCUCCCAUUGGUUGGCGACGAGAAACGUUUGUUGCAACAGCAGUUUUGCCCUUUCCUAACAUUGACAGUGCUCGUGACGUCACCGCAGUUUGUUGAUUUCCUGUGCAGGAGGUCAUUCGGCCUACAGAGGAGGCAAGAUCUUCUUCGCCUUCGGUGUGGCAGUGAGAAGACGGAAAGAAGAAGAAGAGGAAGAAGAAGAAUUGGGAUAUCAUUUUGAUUCAGAUAUUCGCUGCUUUGGGUUUCGAGAAGAAGAAGAGUUUGACAAAUAGCAUUUCGUUCUGAUCUGGGAAGAGUGAAUCGAAAGUGCUUGCUGAUUGCAUAAAUGUAUUUUUUGUUGUUAAUUGGUUUGCCUCGUUAUUUAGAAAGGCUGUAAAUUGUGUGCUUGUUUGACGUGAUUUUGCUUGUCAAGUCUUUUUGACAGUUGUGGUUUGACAGGAGGAAAUUAAGCCAUCUCACUGGAUUUUGGAUAUUUGUUUCCAUUGAUUGAAGUGACAAGAUUUUCGGUGUUUCAAAAUGGAUCCGAUGUACUAUCACUGGUGGAACAACCACAAUCAACAUAAUUCGCAGAACAAUUGGUACAUGGAUCCGCACAAGACAGGUGGGGGCAUGAAUCAAACUCCGCCCCCAGCACACAACAUGCCGGGGCCACCUCAGCAUCCAGCUGCUGCUCCUCAGCACCCAACCACCAUGGCCCAAAAUAUGCCACGACCAAUUCAGACUAAUUACGGCAUACCUCCUCGCCCAGCGCACACUGGAUCACCGACUCCUAUGCCUGCCAAGCCCACAGUUAGCCCUACAGGCCACAUGGUGCCUAAACCACAGAAUCCAGCUAGCCUUAACCCUAAACCCAUGGUGCCUGGUAAUGUCCAGCAAGUACAACCUCCCAAGCCCCAGCAACAGCAGCAAAUGCAUCCUGGCAUACAGAUAAAACCAAACCCUCCACCGGGGGCAAUGACCAAUAUGGCACAGAUGGCCAAACCUAACCAAGGUUCAGUGCCUCCUGUGGUUAGUUCGGCUGCUCCUAAGAUGGCAUCACCAGUGAUGCAGCAGUCCCACCCUCAAAUGCAGCAGCAGCACCAACAACAGCAUCAACAGGUCCCUAAACCACCUACAUCACAGAAUGCUGGAAUUCUUCCCAAGCCAGCAACAACCCCGCCUGUUUCUGUACCAGGAGCAUCACCCCAGAAACCACCUACUCAGUCACUGCCAGCAAUGACUCAGCAGAAACCAGUUCAGCAAAAUAUAGCUCAGGCUAAGCCUGUGUCCACAGCCAUACCUUCAGGAGCAACAAUAACACCAGUUGGCCCUAAACAGCCGCAUACACCGGCAGUAUCGGCCCCUCCCUCACUACAGGCUCUUCCUCCCAGACCUUUCAAUCAAACACCAGUUACACAAAAACCACAACCUCCACCCCAGGCUAAACCCAGUCCACCGCCAGCAACCAACUCCCCCGUAACUGUUACCCCCAUUGUCAACACACCAGCAUCAGUCACACCAGUUGCUAAUAUACCAGCUACUGUAACUCCAGUUUCAAAGCCACCACAAGUUGUUCCCACACCCAAACCUGCCUCCUUGAAUGUUCCAGCAAGCACAGGAGCUCCAUCAACAACAACAACAACAACAGCUGCUGCAGCUUCAACACCAGUUGCAAGUCAGGCAUUACCACCCAGUGUUUCACUCACUCCAGCAUUGGUAUCAUCCACCCUUGCCCCUUCACAGACACCUGCAACUCCAGCUGCAAAUCCCACACCUGUUUCCCAGACAGCAACCCCAGCUCCACCUCCUAUGGUUGCUUCAAACACACCCAAACCCUUGUCUACCCCUACCCCUGUCUCAACAGCACCUCACACAGAAAGUGCCACACCUACCCCUCCAACAAACACUCCUGCACAGAAACCUGCUGACCCUGCAAAACCCUCUGAACCUGUUAAGCCAGUAGAGCACAUAAAGGUUUCAGAAACUACCAAACCCACAGUAGAUGCGACAAAGACUGCAUCAACUCCAAGUGUGAAUGGGGUACCUGUCAAAUCUCCUGUUAAACCAUCUGCUCCUACUCCAGCAAAGCCCACAGAAACAGCAGCUGAGAGCAAGUCGCAGACGGCCCCCACAGCAGCCCCUAAAACAACCCCUCCUGUCAAUAAAACUAUAGAAGGAGCCCUGCAACAGAAGAAGGAAUCCACCUUACAGACAAGUGCCAAGACUGCUGGAGAAUCUAACGAAGCUAGAAAUAAUCAUACUGUACCUGAAGAUGUGCCCGAGGUGACUCCAAAGAAGUCUCGGACACCCAGAAAACGUCCUGCUCCUACUACCCCUGACGAUGCAAAUGACGAGCGGCGCAGUAAACGCUCACGUCACCCUGCUAGUGUGUUUCAGUCGCCUUCUGUGAAUUCCCUGAAUAGGGUUCGUAAAAAUAGCGAGGUUGCGGCAUCACCCAAAUCUCCUCAGGACAAACUUAUCAUCUUUUUCAAAAAUGAGCAUGUAGCCGUUAGAAAUGCGGAAGGCACAUUCUUCUUGUGUCAGGUGGUGCAAAAUGUAUACAAGAAUACCAAGAAAAUAAAAAUUAGGUGGUUGACCCCUACUAAAGAGGAAGACCCAAAGUGUGAUACAUAUUUGCCAGAUUAUUAUGACAAAACAGAUUUUGAUUGCAUCCUUACGUCCGUGAGUUUAGAACGCCAGGAGAAGAAGAUGUUGAAGUUGAAAAAAGAUGAAUUCAACAGAAUCAACAAUAUUCUCCAGCGAGCUGUUGACCUAGAAAAAGGUGUAAUAACAGACAAGCCAAAAGUUGAUGCUGAUCACCCUGAUGGCUUGGACUUGAGCUUAUAUACUGAUGAAAAUCAGCUAAAGAGAAGGAAGAAGAGGUCUCCAGCGUCGAAGCGCAAGAAGAAAGAAGAUUCUUCAGGAGAAAGCGGUGUAGAAUCGGAAGAACUUGGUGAUAGUGAUGAUGAUGAGACUAAAAGUCCAAAGAAAGCAGCUAAGACCCCAUCCAAGCGCCAACGAAGGGGCGACAAGACUCCCACUAAAUCUAAGGCUGCUACGCCGGCAGCUGCAGUACCUAAAACAAAAACUCCCAGAUCAGUACGGAAACCACCCCUGAAGAGCACCCCUGCUGCUUCGAAAACUACAGCUCCAAAUUCAAAGGCAGCCCCUUCAGGCACGCCUAAAUUUAACCCCAAGAAGACUACACCAAAAGUAGGCAGUAACAUCAUCAGCAGUGCAAAGGCUGCAAGAAAGCCAGUCAGCAAAACCCCUGCUGUAGAUUCAACCCCUAAAAGCACAGCAAUUAAUGCAACUCCUAAGUCUGCUAGACGAUCAGCUCGGAAGUAAAUUAGUGGGAGUUUAAAAAAUUGCAUUUUUCAGUUUGUUUUUUCUUUUAUCAUUGUUUCAGAGACUAAAAUAGGAUAAGAAUUGUUAUCCUGUUUAACUAGAGGAUAGUCGUGAGAAACAACUUUUACUGUUUUGAUGGGAGAUGUGAUCACAGCUCGAUUGUUGCUCACCUCCCCACACACAAACUAGACCAAUCCUUCUCAUUUCGUAAUCCUGUGCCGUUUAAUUUUAGUUUUAUCCAUUGUUUGUAAACGUUUGAAAUCAUUUGAAGGGGAUUUUUAAAAUUGUCCUUUAUUUAAUAAUUUUUAUUUCCCUGUGCAUAUGUGACAAUAGGCUUUGGAACCUGACCAGUUUUGAUGUGAGAUGAUGAUGCAAAAUGGUUCGGUCUUUGUACUGUAUUUGCUGUGUCAUUGCAUAAUUGUUUUUAGUAUUAACCAAGAAAUUUUGUUGGAUUUAAGGAGUCCUGCCUCGUCAUUAUUUCAGGGUAUAUUGGCUUCAAUCUUUUAUACUGUUUGGAUGAAUUAUUUUUUCUCAGUUACGUAGAUAUUAACCCCUACCUCUCAAUUUUUCUUUUUAAAUCAAUAUGCCUGUUAUGUCCACAGUCUCUCUCUCUCUCUCUCUCUCUCUCUCUCUCUCUCUCUCUCUCUCUCUCUCUCUCUCUCUCUCUCUCUCUUAUAUUUUGUGGACGUGAGUGAUAGAUGAACACUGUAUGAAUGUGUGUGUACAAAUACUGAGCGAGUACUAAGUAUGGAAUCUGACUGGUAAAUGAAUUGAGUAAAUUAGUUAUCAUAGUUAGUGUAAUUUUUGCAUAUUACGUCCCUCCCUGAGUCCUAAUUCUCUCAGUUUUGUUUUGAUCCCAUCUGUUUAAAAGUGUCAUCCGAGUUGAACAUUUUUUUGACAAAAAAAGUUUUUGUGCUCAAUGAACUCAAACCUUCAGAUUGCAUCCACCCAUUGUAUAGUAUAUGAAUUAAAAUUACAGUAGUUGUUAUAAAAUCAUACUAAGAAUAAGAAAUAACUCAAAAGUAUUCAUGAAUUUUGUUAAUAUUUUUUUCCUGUUCAUUUACAUUCUGUUUAUUUGUCAAAAAAUAUACGAAAAAAGUUAUGAUCCUGCGGCUGCUUUCACAUUUUGUGUAAAAGCAAAUUGAUAUUGUAUAUUUUUCAUAUUAAUAUUUUGCUACUGUCACUGCACGAUUAUGACUUGCACGUUUGUGGAUAGAGACCUUUUGGUUAUACUGUAAUAGGAAGCAGUAACUAGCUUAGCCUUGCCUCCACCUCCUACUUCAAGGAUUAGCAAACGGUGGUUCCCAUGAUUCUUAGCAACUGAUGACUGUUGUAUGGAGUGGAGGCCAAGACAAAUGAACUUGUAAAUAUAUCAAUAACUGACCUGUAACAUUGAUGUAUCGUCUUGACUGUAGGUGUGACUUAUGAAUGCUGUUCAUGUUGAAUUGUAUUGGACCAAAAUUCUUGAGAAGACUUGAUAUAGUUUAUAUAUUCAGAUAUAUACAUAUAUAUAUAUAUUCAAAAUAAAAGAAGCAUCAAUAUAAUCAUCACCAAUGGGAACCCCUCCACGGAGGUUUGACUUUGUCUUGAUGGGGAGUUUCUCUUUGCUAUUCCAUAUGGCUUGCUUGCGUCCAUAAGAGUAAAUAGUUAACAUUUUAUUGUCAUGAGAAUUAAUUGAUGAUAGUCAAGUCGUGUUCGUGAAUUUCGGUCUUUGAGGCAUAUCUGGGUUAAGGUGGAGAAAAAUGACGAGUGUUUAGGUACAGAUCGUGUUAGCUGGCAGGUUCCGCACCUUUGCAUUCUUUCAGUGUUUUGGUGUGGAUUAAGUAAGGCUAAAUAUUAAACCUACACGUGAUCUGAGCUGUUCAUUGCCACAAUCAUAGCACUCCUUAAUAUAGUGAUACAGGUAAAUUUGUAAGUGUUUCUCAUUGGUAUUUUAAGAUUAGAAGCAAUAGAUGUAAAUCCAGGAGAAUACAUGUUCUUUGAUACUUAUUUUGAAGUCAUAGUUGUGGCAAACAUUCUUUUUAUCAACUUCCUUUUUAGGGCAUUGGAUCUAUUUUAUACAGAAAAACGAGAAAUUACGUUAUCUGUGUAUGAUAACUGAUUCCCAUGAGUUUCUGUUUUUAUUUCUAAGUGCAAUAUACAUUAAACUUCCAGUUUUUUAUUAUUAUUUUUGUUUAGUUUUGAGGAGCUGAAAUCUUUUUAUGCCAUAAAGAUGUCAAAAUUUUCUCCUUUUUGCUCACUAUGGAAAGUUGAGCAGUUUGCAUGUACAAGGAAAACUGUUUCCAGUCAGAUGCAACACUUAUUUCCAACUGUUUCCUUUGAAUAUAAAGAUAUUCUGGAUUGUCAAUUGGUCAAGGAAAACCAGAAUGUGGUCAGUUUGGGAAUGUGGGAACGAAUAUUAUGAAUUGCAGUUGUUUCAGCUGUUCAUUUAAAAAUAGAUUUAUUAUAACAUUAUUUUUUCUUACUGGUAUAUUGAGAAAAUUUUUCACAAAAUUUUUAUGUACAUAUAUACAUAUAUAUGUAAUGGCAAGUCCUUUUAAGAAUGAAUAACAGCAAUAGGGAUUUAGUUGUUCUUUGCCUUGUGACGAGAUCAGCCAGAGUUGAGUCUUAUUGCUUCUCCAUUCGAGGAUGAUAUCCUUCAUUAAAAGAAAAAUGUCUUGUUUGUUUGGUGAAGGAUGCUUGAUGUAUCUUGUAAUGAAAUUGUAAAAAGUACUGAUGGUAUUAUUACUGUUAGUGAACUCUGAAGAACCAUCAGCAACCAAGGCUCAAUAAAGUUUAUGUCGUCAA